AUGGCAGACACUCGUCGCCAAUCUGGACUCUGGUCCGAGAACCCCUCGACUGGCACGUACGAACAGCAAUCUCAGCCAGGUCCAUAUCAAUACUAUCAACCUCCGACUCGCAAGCCAGGGAGUGAAAAGCGACGAUCAUACAGCGAACGAGCUGGCGACAACGGCGUAGGUGAAGCCGAGACAUAUCGUCCGACCCAACCCAACGGCGUGCAACGAAGCGAAAGCAGAAAAGUGCGCGACCUUCGCAACGAUCGCGACGCAGAGAUGGAGAGACAGGGAUACAGCACCAGUAACAGCGAUGCCCGUGCUGGAGCACAACCACUGAGAGUCGAUCCGAACGCUGUUCCGGACAAUCUGCGCGAUAAACCAUGGUCACCAGACCUCGUCUCGCCUCGCACAGGUGGGCAGCAGAAGACAGGUCGACAGGCUAGUACAGCCUCGAACGCUUCCGAGCUUUUACGCCGCGGCUCCGUGCCCGAUCGCUCACCCUUACAGAAGCUAGAAAUGGAGUUCUCCAACAAGACCGAGAAGAGAGCCAAGCUGGAAGAAGCAGAGAGACGACUCAGUGUAAAGGAUAGAAGUGGUAGGGAUGACAGGAGGAUCGUUAGUGACGGCGCUGCUACUACUACGAGACGACCGAACGAGGGCGUGAGAAGGGACGAGAAGCCCGUAAGGGUUUCGGCGGAUGUAUCGAGGGAUGGAGAGGGUGUUAAUGGGUCCAAGAAGUUCCAUAGGGCUAGUGAUGCCCUGAAGAGGGAGGUUGAGCCGGAGGGAAGGAGGAGUAUGCAGGAAUCUGCUCGGCAGAGAGGAGCGGAGGAGGAUGUGCGUACCGGCAACAAUGAUCUCGGUCGGAGUGGGAGUAAGUACAAGCACCGAGCUCGAGAUGCUGGAUUUGCUGGUGCGGCGGCUGCAAUGGCCGGAGCUGGUGUGGCUGAAGGUACUAGCGCUGCGGAAAGAGGCAAGGCUGCUCAUGAGCGGAGAAAAGGUGGUUUGACGCGAGAGGGUAGCGUGCAGGAGAGCUCGUCUCCUUCGUAUGCACGGGAGCCGGAACCUAUGACGGCAGUUGCGCUGGGUCGCUCGGGGUCUAGAAAACUUCAGAAGCGCAACCAGCCGGCUGAUGUGGAGUGGUAUGGUAGAGGUAAUGGUAAUGAUGGGCGUGUUUCGCAGGAUCAGCAGCGUGGAGGUCAGGACACUGGACAUGCGACCAGGCAGGCUUUGCAAUCCGAUCGCAUUGGUGGUUUGAAUGGUACGAAGAAUGCUGGGAAGUAUCAGGAGCCUGAUCCUCUUCCACCAGCGCAAGUUGCGACGGGUAAGGGGCAUGCGGUGCCAUACUCUGUUCCGCCGCAGACGGCUGCUGGAAGAGAUAUGAGGGAGCAGGUUGGGUUUGGCGCUAGUCAGGAGCACAACGCCGGCAACGGACCGCACCAAGAAAAGCAUCAUCAUAGCUUCGGCGGCGUGUUCCAUCACCAUGAUGCGCCGCGUGGCUACGAAGCUCCAAGCAGAGAGCUGGAUGAAUGGCGGUCUGCUGGUGUGGCGCGUGUGCGGCUGGAGGACUUCGCCGAGGGCAGACCUGGAGCAGCGAUUAGUGCCGGAGACGAAGACAAGAAUUCGCCGUGGUGGGAGAAGGAGAGAGAACAAAAGGGAGGACCGUCAAGUUCUUCUGGCUCGACGCGGAAUGCUGCACCACCUCAGAUGGAUGGACCAUAUGAAGAAGAGGCGAAACACUUUCGUCCGCCUCUCUACCUCAAGUGUGGUCCGCUCCUCCGAUACACAGGUAUGAGGCGCGAGAACGCAGCACCGCCAUCUCGAUCUGGAAGUCGCACCACAAAUGGAAAUACCGGUGACAAGGAGAUCUGGCGCGGCAGCAUCAUGAUCGUAACAGAUGAUCGACAGUCAGACUACUCUUCCGUUCCAACCCUGCGCCUCUUCGCCCAAGAAAUGGAGCUCCACACCCCGCCACCCAAAGAACUGCUCGAAAGUGGCCACGAGCUCCCUCCCGAGUACGAAGACCCAGUAGCAGGUCAAGUCAAGCUCUCCCGAACAGGUCGACCUCUGUACGUCCGACACGUCCAUGAGAUCGACGGCGAGGUCGACCUCAGUCGAGAAGAGAACCCACAAGGCCUCUUCGCCGCCACGCGAACACCUGCGCUCGGGCCACAGAAUUCCAUGGAAAACGGGCGGGAGAGCAGACACAUCACCUUCCAGGACAAAUCCCGCGUGAAGAAGAACCGAGCAGAGAAGGAAGGUCGCUACCGCGAAGUCCGCGCCCACCGCCUCCAUGUCGAACGCGGCUACACGUUCUGGCGCUUCAACAUCGAGAUCGAACUCGGAAGUCGUCAACACCGAGUAGCAUACCGCAUCAACAAAGGCCCAGCCAUAGGCUUCUGGGUGCCCGCCAAGGGCGAGACGAUGCACACGAUGUUCCACUCCUGCAACGGCUUCUCCAUGUCCGUCGACCCGCACCUCUUCUCUGGCCCCGACCCGCUAUGGCGAGAUGUGAUGAAUAGACAUCAGAUGCGACCAUUCCAUGUCAUGCUCGGUGGCGGAGAUCAAAUCUACAACGACGCUGUUAUGAGGGAUACGGAGUUGUUCAAGGAAUGGUUGCAGAUGAAGAAUCCGGAGCACAAGCACUCUGCCCCUUUCACGCAUGAAAUGCAAGAGGAGCUGGAGUCAUUUUAUCUGGAAAGGUAUUGCAUGUGGUUCUCCCAGGGCCUGUUCGGCAUGGCGAAUGCGCAGAUCCCGAUGGUGAAUCUGUGGGACGAUCAUGAUAUUAUUGAUGGGUUUGGAUCUUAUCCUCAUCAUUUCAUGGCUUCGCCUGUAUUUGCCGGGGUGGGCGCCGUGGCUUUCAAAUUCUAUAUGCUUUUCCAGCACCAGAGUCUGGUUACUGAGACGCAGAAGGAGGAGCCGAGUUGGAUCUUGGGCCAUAGCCCGGGACCGUAUAUCAGUCAGCUUUCGAGGAGUGUCUAUGUGAGGUUGGGGAAGCGGGUAGGGUUCUUAGGCCUCGAUUGCAGGACCGAGAGGAUGAGGGAUGAGAUUCUCAGUCAGGAGACUUACGAUGUUGUGUUUGAUCGGCUGCGGCAUGAGCUCAGGACUGGCGGGGAGGAGGUGAGGCAUUUGAUUGUGUUGUUGAGUGUGCCUAUUGCUUACCCGCGUCUGAACUUUCUGGAGAAUAUUCUUACGAGCCGGGUUAUGGAUCCGAUCAAAGCUCUUGGUCGCGCGGGAAUGCUGGGUGGGUUCGUCAACAAAUUUGAUGGCGGCGUCGAGAUUUUGGAUGAUCUGGAUGACCAUUGGACGGCGAAACAUCAUAAAGCUGAGCGAAACUGGUUCAUCUCGGAACUUCAAGAACUGAGUCGCGAGUUUGAGGUCCGCAUCACCAUUCUCGGCGGUGACGUCCACCUUGGUGCUGUCGGACAAUUCUACUCUGGCCGCAAGGCGACUGGUGGUUUGAGGAAGGAUAGGGACUGGAGAUACAUGCCCAACAUUAUCUCUUCCGCCAUCGUCAACACCCCACCACCGAACAUGAUGGCUGAUGUGCUCAACAAGCGGAAUCGAGUGCAUAAAUUGGAUAAAGAGGGUCUCACGGAGGAGAGCAUGAUCCCAUUGUUUGAGAAGGAUGUGGAUGGCAGUAAGAGGAAUAAUAGAUGUUUGCUGCCGAGAAGGAAUUAUUGUACGAUUCGGGAGUACGUUCCUGGAUCCACACCGCCGCAUUCGCCAAGGUUGGGGCCGCAUAAUGUUUCGAUGGAUGGGCAGAGUGCAGAGGGGAUGAUGAGUCCGAGAGAGGGAAGAUUUGGUGGUGAUGGCGAGGGCAGGAGGUUCCCACCAGGUUCGAUGAAGAGAACCAUGUCUCUUACCCGUGGUCCGGCAGCUCUGGUGCGAAGACUUUCUGGUUCGGGGAAGAAGGACCAGAGGCCUGGGUCGGCGGGUUACGGGCAGCAGGAGGUGGAGCCGAGGGGUCCGAUGCAGAUGCAACGGGCUAAUAGUCUUGGUGGUGAGGCUCAAGGCUCUUACUUCCCUCCACAUCCGGCGGAUGACGAAGCAGAGGGCGGCAGACCUAUCAACCGCUUUCUGCGACGUCCGACAAACUUAUCGAUCAAGGAAGCGAGAACAGCGGCUGCGAAAGGUGGAGCAGAAGACGACGACAACGACGAUAUCGGUAAGAUCGAUCUCGAAGGUGGUCUGGACAUCUCGCUUUGCAUGGAGGUUGACCAGAAACAUCCUACUGGCGAGACAAUUGGGUACAGACUACUGGUUCCGGCUUUGUGGUGCGAAGAUCAACCGGUGCACCACGCAGACGGGCAAGGUGUUGGACACGCUGGUGAUGGAAUUGAGGACGAGAAGUUCAAUGAGAAGCCGAAAAGAGGUGGCGGACUCCUACGACGGCUGACGGGACGUGGCAAAAGAGGUCACGAGGUUGGUGAGGACGGGAUGAGCAGGAGUCCUUCGCCCACCCCGCCUCCAUCUAGAGGCGGUGGAGGUAUGAUGGGUGGGCAGGGUUUUCAGCAGCAGUCAAAUGCUAUGGGUCACGGCAUGCACUCGGACGGAUACGAAACUCAGCCUGCGCCGCCCCGUUCACGAGAAGCCGAUGCCUACCAGAAAGGCUACACGCUCUCCUCGCCACCUAUUGGCUCGACACAGCCUCAGAGAUUCAAUGCCGUAAGCUCAAACAAUAAUCCUUACCCUCAGUAUGCGCAAGGCGGAGGCAACACGAAUCCAGGUACUCGGCCCAAAUAUCAAGGCCAGCUACCCCACCAGCAGCAGCAAGUGCGUGGUGGUGCCGUUCCUCGGCACGCAGCCAACGAGCCAUGGCGCGAUGGCCAACAAGACUACAACGAGUACAGCGAAGGCAGCCUAACACCUUCAGACGAAUACAUCAAUCCCAACGAGAAAUUUGGCGCCGCGGGGGGCAGACAUGGCCCAGCAAUGCAAGGCCGACGGCCAAGUAAAGCGGAGAGAUUCUUCGGUAUUGGUGCCGAGAGUGGGCCGUGGGGUCGUGGUGGUGGUGGUGGUGGUGGAAGAGUGCAGAAGGAUGAAGGCGGGUAUGGUGACCACGGGGAAUUCGAUGAUGGAGAAGGGUAUGAGGAUGAUGGGUUUGAAGGUGAGCCUCAGAAACGGAAGGCUAGCUGGAAGAUUUGGCAGAAGUAG